AUGUCCAGCCUACAGAAUCUGGACCUGAGCAGCAACGCCCUGGCAGGUGGUAAUCAGUUAACCGGGCCCUUACCAAAUGCCUGGAUCAUGAUGUCAUCCCUGGAGGUGCUCGAUGUACGAUAUAACUGUGGCAUCUGCGGGGGCGUUCCUCCUUUCCAGUCGAGCUCUGGGGUGGACCUCAUGAUCUACUCCCGCGGCUCCAACCUCGGCUGGCAGUGCAGCUCCAGCAACUGCAGGCGUGGUAGCUUCUCGCUGGGUCUCGUGGGCCAGGUCAUUACCGCCAUCCUGGUGGUGCUCCUCAUCGUCAUCAUGUGCUGCUGGCGCCGCGUCAUCCUGUUCCGACGCGCGGCCGCCACGCCGCGCGAGUCGCGCGGCUGGCCCCUCGUCCGCGCCGUGCUGUCGGCGCGGUGGGCGCCACAGGCGGCACUGCCCCCCAGCCCCCGCAUGUCCAGCGUCGGCGAGCCGGGGGGGGCCCCCCGCCUGGGUCCGGUCCGCGCUGCGCCCAUCAAACCCCCCAUCGUCGUGGUCAUGCCGGACGGGACCACGCUGUGCACCGCCAGCGUGGUGGAUGGGCCCUCCGACGCUGAGGAGGAUGAGGACGGGCGCAGCCGCCAGGACAAAUCGGAGGAGGGCCUCCUCGCUGGAGAUGGCGGAGCGGGGCGCGCGGCACCGCCACGGCAGGAGGUCGCGGCGGCACGGAAGGCGGGGCGUGCCGGCCAUCCCCAUGUUUAG